AUGCUUGGAAGAGCACCAGGGAGAUCCUCUCAGCCUGGAGCCCCUCCCAGCCUGGAACACCACCAACAAGCUUCUCCCAGCCUGGAGAAACACCAGGGAGCCCCCCCUAGCCUGGGGAAGCACCAGGGAGCCCCUCCUAGCCUGGGGGAGCACCAGGGAGCCCCUCCUAGCCUGGGGGAGCACCAGGGAGCCCCUCCUAGCCUGGGGGGAGCACCAGGAGCCCCUCCCAGCCUGGGGAGCACCAGGGAGCCCCUCCCAGCCUGGGGAGCACCAGGGAGCCUCCUAGCCUGGGGGCACCAGGAGCCCCUCCUAGCCUGGGGAGCACCAGGGAGCCCCCUCCUAGCCUGGGGAGCACCAGGAGCUCCCUAG